AUGCCACGACCAAAAGGUAGUAAAAAUCAAUCGAAUAAAAUUAUUCUACCAGCAUCGUCAUCAUCAUCAUCUCGUACAUCAAUAUCAUCAUCUCUACCUUCUUCUUCUACACAACCAUCUAUUCCACAAUCAACUAUAAAUUAUUCUAAUAAUGAUAUAAAUUGGAUUCAAACAUCUUUCAAUAAAAUUAAUCGACCGAAAAAAACUGAAUUUAAUAAUACAGAUGACGAUAUAAUACCAACAAGUUCAUCAAGCGAAAUCAGUGGAGGUCGUGUUAUUGUUAAUCCAGCUAUACUUCGUUAUCUUGAACAAAAUCGAAAUAUAAAUUAUUCAUCAAAUACAUAUAAAACUAAUGAGUUUUUUGAUAAAAAUUCAUCUAUAAAUAUUAAUGAAGAUAAAGAUGAUAAUUUAUUUGAUGAUCUACUCAAAAGUUUUACUGUCGAAAUUGAUCCAUUAGUAUUAAAAUCACCAUUAAUUCAUUCAAAUGAUGAACGUCAAAUUACAGUUAAUGAAUUAAUUGAACUUGAUAAAUUAAUACAAGAUGAUCUAUUUUGGGAUUUUUGUACAUGUUCAACAGAUUUUUUAACUAGUGCUCGACUUGCUGAAUGGAUUCUUACUCAUCAACAAUCCGCUAAACUUGAAACAAAUUUAACAGUGAAUAAUAUUUCAUCGUAA